AUGCUUUCUGUCACCUGCUCAGUUCUUGUGAUCUUAAUAUUCAGCAGGAGCAAUGGAGACUCAGUGACCCAGACAGGCCCGGUUACUGUCUCAGAGGGGGCACCUGUGAUCUUGAACUGCACUUACCAGACCACUUAUUCAAUUUCUGUCCUUUUAUGGUAUGUCCAAUAUCUCAAUAAAGCUCCUCAACUACUGCUGAAGAGCUCAACAGAAAACCAGAGGACAGAAGGUCAAGGUUUUCAGGCCAAUCAUGUGAAGAGUGACAGCUUUUUCUACCUGAAGAAACCCUCAGCGCAAAUGUCAGACUCGGCUGUGUACUACUGUGCUCUGAUAGACACCAUGAGAGGAGCUGCAGGGGGAGCCGAGCACAAACCCAGAGGGGCACAGGCUGCCCUUGCACCAGUAGUGGCUGUGGCAGUGGCUUUGGCAGGCUACCCACAUGGCAGUGGUGGCUCCAGGGAGAUGGCCUGCUCAUAUGAUGAUGGUGGCUGCCUGGUGGCACGAGUGGUGGCAGCCACUGCAGCAGUGACAGUGGCAGUUGCAGUGGCCACCUGCUUGGCUGUAGUGUCUGUAGUGGCAGUCCACAUAGCUACAGUGUCACAGCAGCAGUGGGUUUACCUCAUGGAGGUGUCAGCAGCUCUGAUUACUGCAACUGCCUCCCUCGCAUCUGCAGUGUCCUUGGUGGCAACAGGGAUACCUUGGGGUGGCAGUAGUGGCACCAGUGGUUGCAGCCACCUCUCUUGCAUCUGCACAGUCUGUGGCUGA